GUCCGAGUUCGCCGGCGCUCAAACUUCAAUCAAGACUUUUCGUCUGCAAUAACUGCUAUAUUCUUUGAUCCGAUAUCUAUAUCCUACUGUUCUGUUGGCUGCCGAUAUCACACACCGUCACCGUCCUUUCACUGGGCAUAUAUCCGAUCCUUAAAACGCCAACCCGAUCACGUUUCCGUAUGUACGUCCACAGUCAAUUUCUUGAAGAUACCAGUCGACGGCCCUGAAAAGUGUACAGAUUGUGCCUCCGGCUUGCCCCAGCUCUCGACGUCAAUCCGGCGGACUUCCACGCAUCUCCUCUCUUUCUCGGCACUGCCUCUCGCACGAUGGUCGAAGCUUCGGCGACCGACUGGAUGUCGGCAGUCUUCUCCGGAGUGGCAGCCAUUGCAGCAAUCAUCACUCUCCUCACGGUGUACCACGCAGCGAUAUCGAUAAUUUCGCGCCGCGAAGCCUAUCGGUUGGGUAUUUCCCGGGAGGCUCUCGGUCCGUGGGAAAAGGCGGUGGUUCGGCCAUCACUGUGGAAAAUGCAAACGCAAAUCUCCACGCCGACGAUCAACUUGGCGAAAUUAGGCGCCUUGAAGCCCGAAGAUUGGCAACCGAGGAUUACUUUCCCCAUGCGGUUCGACCCAAAGCCGGAGAAGACUCCCUCUUGGCGGACAAGAAUCACCUCCCCCAUGGGUGCCGCAAAGGACCCUCACUGCGACCUCGAAAAGGCUGCGGAUCUCGGGCUCGUCCUGGCGGAGGCUAGUUGGGUCAACUUCCUCGAGGCGUUAAGCAUUGCCGACGACAACAAGAAGUGCUACGAAAUGCAAACCCAAUCCGACAUGGUCAAUGGAAUCGUUCCAAUGCGCUGGAAGGGGAGGUAUUUGGCUGGAAUUAGUUCGAUGCUUGGGUUCCAGGUGCCCCCGAAAAACCAAGAGGAACCCGAUAUGCCCAUGACCCUUCCCUCUCAAUGGUCGGGGCCUUUGGGUUGGCUGCAGUUCAGGGCCAGCGCAGAUGGAUGCGUCAUCGAGUUCCGGAGGAGAAGGGUGCGAAAGGACCAUCUAGCCAAAGAAACCCACACAUAUUAUGCGAAGCUCGAUGCGCGACCUCUAUGCCUUCAAUCACGGCUCUGGCAAUCAAUGUCCGGAUUCUCAUUGCCAGAUGAUGAGCUUCUUUACAUUUCAGGCGCAGAUCCUAGGGAGCACGACCCCGCCGAAGAACAGCGCUCAACCGACGAUAUAUGCAACCAAGUGAUGGCUGAUUCUCGCGACCUCACAGAAGAAGAGAUAAUGGACAUGUUGUGGGGGAAAAAUUCCCAGAGACCUCGAGCCCUCCAACCCGAUGUCGUCCAGAUGGGCCCAUCUCAGGCCGGCGAUCUAAAGGAACAGGAAAAGAAGAAGUCUCUGCAACUAGCCGUCCUCGUUCCGUGCCCCGGCCUUCUCUCCGUGGUUACAGAAGGAGAACUGGCGGACUGUCGCGGAAUCGACCUUCGCUCGCGCAACUGCUACGAAUAUCGUAGGAAAUACACCGAUAUUGCCGAUUACAAUUACACCAAAAGCGAAAACCCGCAUCGACUCGGCCAGUUGUGCAUGAGCGACGAAGUUCUAAAGCUCGUCAAAAAAGCUGUCCAGAGGUUGGAGCCAGACAGCUAUUACUUCACGCCCAGCGCGAUACUCAAAAACAGUGUGAUGAAUAUUUGGAAACAUGUCGAUGACUAUUCGGACCGGCUCGAUCCGAAAAUCUUUCCAACCAGCGGACUUCAAGCUUGGGAAAGCGAUUCUUCUCCACCCGAAGCCGGACUCGGGCAAUUAUACCACGCUAUGACUGUUUGAAACGAAUUCCAAGCCAUCAAGAGCACGGGCCGAGCGGAUUUUACGAUCAACGACAUAGGUAUCAUCUCGAAAGCGUCCCAGACACUUCAUAAGAUUUUCUCGUCCACGGAUGAACUGAAUUACCAAGGAAACGAUCUCAUAUGGGCAAUCUUAGUGUCAACUCCCCUCUUCACAGACCUGCUAGUGCGAUUCAAGGCACUCACCGAAAAGGACUCCGAUAGACUCCAAACCAACACCUUGACUAGUGAGCCUGGGGUCGUCGAUUGCAGUUCCAUAAAUUUGCUAGGCGAUCGGGAUAGCGAGGGGGUAGCGCGAUUGGAGAAAAAAGGAAUAUACGAUGUUCCAUUGAUAAAAAGUGGGUCUUUUACUGAAGCUCAAUUGCUGGUGGCGUUUGUGGAUGUCUUCCUUACUUAUUUCUGGAUUGAAAAUUCGUGGAUUUCCAAUGUCGGUCG